UUGGAAAUUCGUCACAUGAUUGGGAUCAUAUGAUAGACCGGGACUGGUGUGAGAGGGGCUGGUCCAGGCUGCACAGUGAGAGGCAGAGAGGGUUUGCAAAGGCUCAGACACACACACACACACACAGGAGAGAGUGUGAGUGGAGCUACAGCUGCAGAGUGGGAGCCGCCCUGACACUCACUCACUCACUCACUCACUCACUCGCAGCAACAUGAGAGAUCGCAGACAGAUCCCGAGCUGUGUCCUGGUCGCUGUCUCCUUUGCAGGCUUGGUGGUGGGUCAGAUGACUACAAAGAUGGUUUCCCCCACAGUUUCGCUUCCUUCUGCACCAGUGACCUCUUCGUUUGAUGAUCUUACCAAUCAGACUUUGCAGGGCAACAGCACAACAGCUAUCAUUCUGGUGGCCAUCACUUCCUCGUUCCCAAACUGUACGGGAGUGAAUACCUCCAGCUGUGCUGUGUGCCCCGCUGGGCAUUAUCCCGACAAUGCUUCCCUGAACUGCUCCUGUUGUCCUGAUGGUUUCUGCGUCUCAUUGGACAAGUGCCUGAGCUGCCCACAGGGUUACUACCAGUCCCAGUCUGGGCAGAAGGCCUGCUUGCCCUGUUCAAAAGGGGCUUAUUCCAACUCUACGGGAAGCACUGAAUGCCAGCCCUGUCAAGCUGGGUUUUACGCCAACGAAACUGGUUCAAAACUCUGCCAAGACUGCUCUUCAGGCUACUUUUCCGAGAAGAAUGCCACUUCCUGUGAAGCCUGUUCCCAGGGAUUCUUUUGCAACACAACUCAUUGCACCCACUGCACCAUGUGCCCUGCCGGACAGGAGGCUUUGUCUUCAGCCACAGAAAAAUGUUCCUUUUGUCGCCCAGGAAUGCACAAGGUAGAAAAUGAGCUCCGGUGCAGGAUGUGCAGGACUGGAUUUUACCAGACUCUGCAGGGGCAGCAGGAAUGCAACAUCUGUCCUGAGAAUUAUUAUUGCCCUAGUCCAGACAUCAAUCCUCUCCAGUGUCCGGGUGAUGCGUUUUGCCCAGCGGGAAGCACUGCCCCUCAGUUCUGUAUGGAGACGUUCUUACGUAAAUCGGGAAGUCAGUGCGUGCUCGCUCCACUCACCAUCUUCCUGCUCGUGGUGGCAGCAACCUUUAUCUUGCUGAUAAUAAUACUGAUUGUUCGCCGGAAGAAGGAUGCACGUCCAAUGGACCCAGCGAGGACUCCGCUGCUGAACAAAGAGGAGACUCCGAGCAGAGGGUUUCAGCCCAUCUACGGAAUAGCCUGGGACAGAGAGCCAGUGUACGCAGGCUGGUAACCACGGAUCAAUCUGUUCCCCUAGGCACAAGAGAGUUUAUGGAGGGGUAAAAUUUAGGUUGGGCUGUUCACGCUGCUAACACCUGACAUGUACACCCUCAUAAAAACCACCCACAUCAUACAGUCCACUGGCUCCCCCACACUCCUCUGGUCCACUGCAGACAAUGAACACAUAUAGUGUUUUUGCCUCGUUGGUUGGUUUACUUUUGGACCAGGAUUGUGCUGUGUUUUUUUUGGGGGGGGGUGUGGAGGGCUGUGGACUGUCCCUGAGCCUUACACUAUCGAGCGUGGCCUGUGAUGCUGAUCAGUAUAUUUUAUAUAUAUAUAUAUACAUAUUUGCCAUGAGAAUACCAUUGGUUGAUGUGGGCUCCGCCAGGUCAACCAGAGUAUUGCGCAGCACUGCCACCUAGAGGCUGACACAGAGAAGUGCAAGUCUCUGCCCCUUUCUGGAAACAAAACAGCUGCCCGCCCGCCUGCCCGCCCGC